AUAUUCUUUAAACCAGUCCUGCGAUUUGAAUCCUUAUAUUUACCGUGACCAACACGAAGAUAAUCGUCACACGAAAUUGCAGAAUGACUCUGAGUACUGGUUUGAAACUCAAUCGGUGGAGAAUGUUUUCGAGCGGUCUAAUCCUACUCGCAGGCCUGAUUAAUUGGAGCAUGGCACAACGACGACACAGCCAUUCUUUUGUGUUGAGGAAUACUCACGAGAAUUCAAAUGAUCUUUCCGAAAAGAACGAGGUCCGACUACGAAGCAUUGGCACCAAUUCUAAUCACAACAUGUCGUUACAUCAAAGGGAUCUUAUCGCUAGAGGUGAUUCGGCCGUUCCAGUUUUUAAUACAUGCAGCACACCUAGCUCCUUCUCACUUACUUUUGAUGAUGGACCAUCGCAAUUCAGUUCAAAAUUAGACGCAACCUUGGCUGAGGCCAAUUUUAAAGCUAGUUAUUUUAUCAACGGAAACAACGUCGGUUGUAUUUAUGACUUUGCCGAUCUCUUGAUCGAAAGGUUUAGAAAAGGGCAUUUGAUUGCGAGCCAUACUUGGUCUCAUGUUCAUCUAAACCAGGGUAGCUACCAGCAAAUUUCUCAACAAUUGGAACUGCUUGAGAACGCCAUGAUUAAAAUCUUGGGAGUAAAACCGCUGUAUUUUAGACCUCCUUUUGGCGAAUACAACGACAUUGUGUUGCAGGUUUUGCAAGACAGAGGCUACAAGGGACUGAUUCUAUGGUCGCAAGACUCGCAAGAUAGCUUAGCCUCACCCCCCAGCUCAUCGGAAAUAAUUGCGAAUUAUCGAUCCUAUCCCGACCAAACUAACGUAUUGAAUCAUGAGACUACCUCCCUCAUGGUCGACGAAGUUAUACCGGGUGUUGUUCCAAUCCUCAAGGAAAAAGGAUUUAAUCUGCUAACGGUCUGGGUUCGAAUCCAAGUGAUUGGUACGUGUCCGUUCAACAACCUGGAUCGAGGGAUGAAUCAUGGACUUGCCAGGGCACUCCAACAUCUGAAAGCUAUGUCUGAGCUUAAGGCAACAUCUUUUAAUUCAUUUUAAUCUGUGUUUUCAUUCUUCAAAUUACCCUAAUUUUACUUAAGUUGCAUGCAAACCUUGAAUGAUGUGGGGGUUCAAACCUGAAUCUUGAAUAGACAAUUUGAAAGAGCAAGGUGGCAGUGGAUCAACCAACAUUUGUCUUUCUUGUCCAAUCAGCUGCAUCUGUCAGUCGACCAUCC